AUGUUUUUGGAAUAUCUGAAAUCAAAAGAUGCAGAUGAUUUUUUCGAUUGGGACGAACAUCAUCAUCGAUCAUAUACCUACACAAUUAAUCCUAAAACAUCGCGUGGCUUAACAGACUCUCAACAAAAUUUAAAACAAGCAUUACAGUCAUUAGGGUACAUCGACAAUAAUAAUAAAAUAUUGAAAUAUCCUUCUGAAAGUUUUGAAGAAUUCAUUGAAUUUCGUCGCCAGGUAUAUAAUAAAUUUAGUCAGGGAACGUGGUAUGACAUUAGGAACGCUUACGACAUUUUAAGAGAUCAAUCAACACAACUCAAGAGUCAACGUCAACAAAAACUAGAUUUGCUAUAUUCGAUUGAUGAAUUUAAAUUCUUUGAUAUACUUGAUGAAUCUGAUGAAAUCUUACGUCAUGGAAAAGAAUUAAAUUACACGUUAGGAUUAUCUAAAACUUUAGAUGGCGGUCAAAUUCGUUGGGAAAUUCCAUUUUUGCUAUUCAAAAUCAUUCUUACUGAAAACAAAUUUAGUGAGAGUCUCAAAAAGUUUUCACAAGAAGAUGACUGUCCUCUUGUUUUUCAGGAAAAUUUUAUAUCAGUAAGUGGAAUUGGAGGAGGAAGUCCUCUUGUACGCUUUGUCAAAUAUGAUUUUUUUCUACAAAAUAUUAAGCCAGAUCUUUGUCAAAAACUUUGUGAAAUAUUACUCGCAAGGUUUCGUCUAAAACAAACUAACAUAAUUGACGAUGACGGUGAAAACUAUGGAAGUUAUGAGGACUUUGUUGAAGGGAAAUGUUUAUUCAAGGAAGAUAGAAUAAUUAAAUUGUUGAAAACAAAAAGUCGGGAUAUGUUAAAUAGCUUUUUAUUAGCAAAAGCUUGGUUAUCUCAUAAGUUACUUUAUCAUGUCAUGAGUUAUCGUUAUAGAGUUGAAUAUGGAUUGUCUGAAAAGAGAGGAAAAGAAAUUGCUAUUCCAUUUCGAGGUAAAGAUUUACCAUCUGAAAAUUCAGAGUUUAGUCAUCCUGAUAUUAUGAUUGGUUUUACAAUCCUUAGUUAUUUAUAUCGAGGAUUAGAUUCAAAACAAGUGAAAAACGGGUUAAUUAAACUGAAAAAUGAUCCAAAACAAGAUAAAGAUAGUUUAUUACAAAAAUGGGUUCAAGAAAAUAAAAAUUGGAUUGAGGAACGAAGUCAAAAAGAAAAAGAGGGAUUUCCAGAAUGGUUAAAAUCUUUCAAAACUCUUGAUCUUGAGAAUGAAGAUAGAAUUAAAAAGGCUCAUUUUUAUCUUUCUCGAAACUUUAGUUUUGUUCAAUACUAUUUAAGUAAUUUCACGUUUACAAAUGGUACUAAAUAUUAUGAAAAGAAACUUACAGGAAAUGCUCAUACAUUAGCAGGUGAAGGAAAAACCAAAGGAUUUUCAGGUACUGAUGAUUGUAAUGAUACGAUGCCUGAACCGAUCGCACCAAACCGAUUACCAUCUCAAGAGGGAACAAACAGCAAGAUGUUACAUAUUUUAUCACGAGAUGUAAAUAAAACAUAUCAGUCAAAAAUAGAAAUAUCUAGUACUAUGGAACUUUUAGAUCAGGUUUGUGAAUAUGCGAAGCAAAAUAAGGAUUGUUAUGUUUUAAUUGACGCAGGCGCUAUCAUUACAGAAAUAAGCAAUUUUGACGUAUGUAAAUAUCUGAUUAAAAAAAUUGAUAAAAGAUUUGACGGAAUUGUCUAUUUUUCUGAUAAAAAUAAUAAAAUAAUAAUUAUUUUAAGAAAUGAAGAAUAUUUCCCUCUGUCAACGUGCCAUAUUGAUAAUAAAAAAUUAUUUGUUUAUUUGGAUAAAGUUCAUACUCGUGGAACUGAUUUGAAACUGCCAUUAACUGCACGUGGCAUGGUAACACUUGGAAAAAAUAUGAAUAAAGAUAAACUUAUGCAAGCAGUUAUGCGUCUUCGUGAACUUGACUUUAAGCAAUCGAUUGUAUUAUGGGGUACAAAAGAAAUUUCAGCAGAAAUUGCAAAUAUAAAUGGAAUGACAAUAGACAAUAUAACAAAUAAACACGUUUUAAUAUGGGUCACUUAUAAUACAAUUCAAAAAAAUGAGAAUGAUUUAUAUCUUGUUACGAAAGAGAAAUUAAAAUACGUAAUCAAACGUAGAGCACUUGAAUAUCAAAAGAAAAUUAAAGAGAUCCCGAUGGAUUCUCUCAUUAUAGCAUAUGUAAGUGAAGGUUUGGAUAGCAUAGAAAAAUCAUAUGGUAUUACCCCUUAG